AUGGCGGGGAGCGAGCAGCAGGAGAUGUGCCUCGUGUGCUUCAGCGUCAACUGCAUGGAGAAGGUGCGUCACAGUUUCAACUGCAUGGAGAAGGUGCGUUACAGUCUCAACUGCAUGGAGAAGGACGACCACACGGGCGCCAUGCGGUGCAGCGAGUGCGGCAUGGCGCACGCCCUGGCGGAGCACUACUGCGCGGGGCUUCACGCCAUGCUGGCCCGCCAGUGCCACGCGCUCUCCGCCCUGCUCGCCCCGCCCACACCUGCUCCGCCCCAGGGGCCCAUGGGGGAGGGCGGGGAGCGCAAGGAGCAGGACACUGCUGCUGCUGCGGCUGCCUCGGCUGCCAAUGCAGCAGCGCUGAGCAGCGUGGCGCGGCAGAUCCUGCUGCGCCUCGUGCUGCACUCUGGGUGUGCUCCGCCAAGGGCACUGCAACGGGAGAUGGCAGGGUGGGGCAUGGAGGGCGGGAGCGGGGGCUUUGGGGGAAUGGGGUGCGCGGCAGCGCAGGGGGCAGGCGAAGAAGGGAGAGACAAAGAGGGGAACGGCGCAGUGGGUGGCACGGGGCAGCACGAGGAGGAGGAUGAGUGGGCGCGGGAGCUGCGGGCGAUUCUGGCGGGCGCGAGGCGGAGCAGGCGGCAAGAGAGGGAGGAGGUGAGGAAGCGGGCGAGGCGGGCGCGGAGGAAGAAGUGGGGGCAGUUUGAAGCGGAGCUGGCGGCCAUUCGGGAGGACGAGGCUGCUGAGAGACGCGAAGGAAGUGAGGGGAUGGGGGGGGAUGGAUGGGAGUGGAAGGGGAGGGAGAGGAGGAGGAAGGAGGGAAGGGGGGGAGUGAGAGAGGCGUCGAUGAGGGAGACGUGGUUUGCUCUGGCGGAGAGGCUUCAGACAAGCCCUUUCUUUGCCGUCACCUGCAAGCUGCACGUCCACCUACCACUGCACGCCUCACUCGCUUCCCUCUACCUCGCCUCUCACUACCUCCGCCUGCCGCUGCUCCCCACCGACAUCUGCCACCUGGCGCUCUCCGGUUCGCUGCCCUACCUGUCCGCGUGGCGCCAGCUGUCGCCCUUCGAGGGCUACCCCGCCAGCGUCCCACCCGCCACGCUCUUCCGUCCGCUCGCCCUCUGCUCUGCUCGCCUGCUCGAGCUGCUCGCUGCCUCUGCUGCCGCAUCCAUCGCCCUGCGCCUGCCCCCCCUCAACUUCCGCCUAAUUGGGGAGCGCCCGUCCUUUCCGCUUUCUCCCAAAUUCCCGUCCCUUCCGCUUUCUCCCCAAACCCCGUCCCUUCCGCUUUUUCCCCAAACCCCGUCCCUUCCGCUUUCUCCCCAACUCCCGUCCCUUCCGCUUUCUCCCCAAACCCCGUCCCUUCCGCUUUCUCCCCAAACCCCGUCCCUUCCGCUUUCUCCCCAAACCCCGUCCCUUCCGCUUUCUCCCCAAACCCCGUCCCUUCCACUUUCUCCCCAAACCCCGUCCCUUCCGCUUUCUCCCAAAUUCCCGUCCCUUCCGCUUUCUCCCCAAACCCUGUCCCUUCCGCUUUCUCCCCAAACCCCGUCCCUUCCGCUUUCUCUCCAAACCCCGUCCCUUCCGCUUUUUCCCCAAACCCCGUCCCUUCCGCUUUCUCCCCAAAUCUCGUCCCUUCCGCUUUCUCCCCAAACCCCGUCCCUUCCGCUUUCUCCCCAAACCCCGUCCCUUCUGCUUUCUCCCCAAAUCCCGUCCCUUCCGCUUUCUCCCCAACUCCCGUCCCUUCUGCUUUCUCCCCAAACCCGUCCCUUCCGCUUUCUCCCCAAACCCCGUCCCUUCCGCUCUCCCCAAAUCCCGUCCCUUCCGCUUCUCCCCAAACCCCGUCCCUUCCCCUUUCUCCCAAAACCCCGUCCCUUCCGCUUUCUCCCCAACUCCCGUCCCUUCCGCUUUCUCCCCAAACCCCGUCCCUCCCGCUUUUUCCCAAUUCCCGUCCCUUCCGCUUUCUCCCCAUAUCCCGUCCCUUCCGCUUUCUCCCCAAACCCCGUCCCUUCCGCAUUCUCCCCAACUCCCGUCCCUUCCGCUUUCUCCCAAACCCCGUCCCUUCCGCUUUCUCCCCAUUCCCGUCCCUUCCGCUUUCUCCCCAAACCCCGUCCCUUCUGCUUUCUCCCCAACCCCGUCCCUUCCGCUUUCUCCCCAAACCCCGUCCCUUCUGCUUUCUCCCCAAAUCCCGUCCCUUCCGCUUUCUCCCUAACUCCCGUCCCUUCUGCUUUCUCCCAAAACCCCGUCCCUUCCGCUUUCUCCCCAAACCCCGUCCCUUCCGCUUUCUCCCCAAACCCCGUCCCGUCCGCUUUCUCCCUAAACCCGUCCCUUCCGCUUUCUCCCAACUCCCGUCCCUUCCGCCUUCUCCCCAAACCCCGUCCCUUCCGCUUUCUCCCCAAACCCCGUCCCUUCCGCUUUCUCCCCGAACCCCAUCCCUUCCGCUUUCUCCCCAACCCUUCCAAUUUUCUCCCCAAACCCCGUCCCUUCCGCUUUUUCCCCAAACCCCGUCCCUUCCGCUUUCUCCCCAACUCCCGUCCCUUCCGCUUUCUCCCAAACCCCGUCCCUUCCGCUUUCUCCCCAAACCCCGUCCCUUCCGCUUUCUCCCCAAACCCCGUCCCUUCCGCUUUCUCCCCAAACCCCGUCCCUUCCCCUUUCUCCCAAAACCCGUCCCUUCCGCUUUCUCCCCAACUCCCGUCCCUUCCGCUUUCUCCCCAAACCCCGUCCCUCCCGCUUUCUCCCCAAUUCCCGUCCCUUCCGCUUUCUCCCCAUAUCCCGUCCCUUCCGCUUUCUCCCCAAACCCCGUCCCUUCCGCAUUCUCCCCAACUCCCGUCCCUUCCGCUUUCUCCCCAAACCCCGUCCCUUCCGCUUUCUCCCCAAUCCCGUCCCUUCCGCUUUCUCCCCAAACCCCGUCCCUUCCGCUUUCUCCCCAAACCCCGUCCCUUCCACUUUCUCCCAAAUUCCUGUCCCUACCGCUUUCUCCCCAAAUCCCGUCCCUUCCGCUUUCUCCCUAACUCCCGUCCCUUCUGCUUUCUCCCAAAACCCCGUCCCUUCCGCUUUCUCCCCAAACCCCGUCCCUUCCGCUUUCUCCCCAAACCCCGUCCCGUCCGCUUUCUCCCUAAACCCCGUCCCUUCCGCUUUCUCCCAACUCCCGUCCCUUCCGCCUUCUCCCCAAACCCCGUCCCUUCCGCUUUCUCCCCAAACCCCGUCCCUUCUGCUUUCUCCCCGAACCCCAUCCCUUCCGCUUUCUCCCCAACCCUUCCACUUUCUCCCCAAACCCCGUCCCUUCCCCUUUUUCCCCAAACCCCGUCCCUUCCGCUUUCUCCCAACUCCCGUCCCUUCCGCUUUCUCCCCAAACCCCGUCCCUUCCGCUUUCUCCCCAAACCCCGUCCCUUCCGCUUUCUCCCCAAACCCCGUCCCUUCCGCUUUCUCCCCAAAUCCCGUCCCUUCCGCUUUCUCCCCAAACCCCGUCCCUUCCGCUUUCUCCCCAAUCCCGUCCCUUCCGCUUUCUCCCCAAACCCCGUCCCUUCUGCUUUCUCCCCAAACCCCGUCCCUUCCGCUUUCUCCCCAAACCCCGUCCCUUCUGCUUUCUCCCCAAAUCCCCCCUGUCCCUUCCGCUUUCUCCCCAAACCCCGUCCCAUCCGCUUUCUCCCCAAACCCCCCCUGUCCCUUCCGCUUUCUCCCCAAACCCCGUCCCAUCCGCUUUCUCCCCAAACCCCGUCCCUUCCGCUUUCUCCCCAAAUCCCGUCCCUUCCGCUUUCUCCCCAAACCCCGUCCCUUCCGCUUUCUCCCCAAACCCCGUCCCUUCCGCUUUCUCCGCAAACCCCGUCCCUUCCGCUUCUCCCCAAACCCCGUCCCUUCCGCUUUCUCCCAAACCCCCCCCUCACCGCCUCUGCAUUGCCCCCUCCGUCCCUCUCCCCUUCCUUCCCUCUCUCCCUGUCCCGUUCCACCCCUCCGUACCCCUCCGUCCCAUCCCUCCUCCCCUCUGUUCCUCCUGCCCACCAGGAGCUGCACCUACCCGUACCGCUCUUCGCCCCUUUCCUGCACCGCCUCUUUGACCUCCUUUGCCCCUCCGCCUCCCUUGCCCCUUCCCUCCCAUCCCUCCUCCCCCGCUUCCACCUCUCGCCCCACCCCUCUGGGUGGCCCACGCGCCUCUACGUCAUGGCAGCGGUCGUUGCAAGGCGGGUCGCUGGCAGGGAAGGUAGACGAGGGGCGAGGGGAGGAUGGGGUGGAGGGGCAGGAGGAGGGGGAGGAGGAGGGGAGGAGGAGGGGGAGGAGGAGGGGGUAGGGGAGGAGGAAGGGAAGGAGGAAGGGGAGGAAGGGGAGGAAGGGGAGUGGGAUGUGCGGCGGGUGGUGCAAGCAGUGGAGGGCAUCCGGCAGCAGCUGCUGCAGAUGCCCAUGCAGACCCGUGCUGGGGCUGGCGGGGGACGCAUGCAGGGAGAGGGGGAGGAUGGAUCAGAGGGAAGAGCGCCGCUGCAGCUGCGGCAGUACCUGCAGCACUGCGAGCGCCACGUGUUUGCCCCGACGCCACGCGGCCGGCCCGACCCCUCCACUCUCGACCGCCGAGCUGCGCGCCCACCGCACGCCGCCCUCCCCCCUGCGGGCCCCCUCGCCUCCCGCAGCCCAUGGGGACGCUCAUGGGAGCGGUGUCAUGCAGGCGUCAUGCAGGGCGUCAUGGCAGGUGUCAUGCAGGUGUCAUGCAGGUGUCAUGCAGGUGUCAUGCAGGGCCUGUUGUGCUCCUGCUCAUGUAUCGCAGGUGUCAUGCAGCCCCUGUGUGGCAGUGAGCUGGUGUACUACGAGUGUGAUAGGAUUCAAUAA